AUGGACAGAGCAGAACAAGAGUACAUAGAGAUGGAACCCAUAAGUAGCACUCAUCUAAUUGCAGAUGAUGAGCCAGCGGCAGAGACAGAAGAUAAAGAAGAAAGACUCUCAAAGAAAGAAGUUGCGCUAGACGUAUUCAGACAUCUUAUGAACACCGGAGGGGCUAUUUUUGGAUUUUCUUCUCUGCUUUAUGCUGGAGAUUUCAGCAGUCUUUUUUACUUGCCGCUUUCUAUUAUUAUAGCCAUACAAACAUUUUCAAUAUUCAGUGUUUUUAUAAAUACUACUGAGUAUGUGGAAGAUGAAACAACAAACCCUAGGCCGAGCACAAGCACAAGCCAGCCUGUCUCUAGAAAAACAAAGAUCAGAACUUUCUUGGGCUAUGACACGUAUGUGUACCAAAACACAAGUGUCAUUGUAAACAUCCUAUAUCCUGUGUUUCUUUACGUACAAAGUAUUCUGUGUGUGAUGAUGUACAUUUACAUGAUAAUGAACAGAUUUAAAACUCCCGCUGGUGCAGACAGAUGGGUAUCUGGAUGGGUUGCAUGCGCUGUUUUUUCUCUUUUUUAUGUCUUGUCUUUUUUCUGUGGCAGGAGUAAACACAGCAGAACAUUCAAUUGGGCUAGUAACAUUCUCACAGCUGUUUUAUUCUCUGGUCUUUUUCUGAGUGCAGUUCUUGUUUCAGCUGGAGUGCUGAAGUAUUCUCCUGGUAACUAUCUAAACUCAGCUGCAGGAAACUGGAAGUUUUUACACGCUGAGGAUAAGACAUCGUAUUACAAAUGCUUCAUUGCUCUUAUUUCUUGCUUUUUCUGUUUUCCAAAUGCUCACAAUGUGUCCAGUGUGUACAACACUGCCAAUGCUAGGUCACUGAGAGGAAGAGAAGUAGAAUGCACCAGAUAUUUUACUUCGAUUGCAGCAGGCGUUGGAGUGAUGCUUAUCUCUCUGUUCCUCUACAUCAUAAAGGCUCUAGUGGGGGUAAAGCAUUUUGAGUUCGAUGUUUUCAGCUCUCUUCUGAAUAUUUCGCUUUUCUACCGGACAAGAGGACAAGAAAAAGGAGUAGACUUUGGCUUAUUUUCAUUUCUAGCUGUGAUUUUGAAUGUUCUAGACGUGCUGCUUCUACUGUUUUCAGUAGGAGCUAUACUGAAUCAGCUGAGCAUUAUCGACAAGAUUAUAAUGGAAAAGUUAAAAAAGAUACCGUUUAGUAGAGUAUUUUCCAUUAAAAGAGUAAUAGAUAUGUAUGAGAGAAGAGAAAAAAAGAAAGAUGGUUUGUCUUUGCUGUUGGACUUCAUUUUCCUAUCAAUUAUAUUUGCAAGUGUGAUCGUGCUGUGCUAUUUCUUUACUUUUACUACUCUAUCUAUUGUCCAUGUGGCCGGGAUAGUGUCGUUUUUGUUUGGAGUCUUUUUCCCUUUAUGGAUAUAUCGCACAAUUCCAGGCAAAAAUAAUACCCUAGAAACAUCAAUCCAUGAGCUUGUAUUGGCCGCGCUAAUUCUUUCUUUCUGUGUUGUUAGUGUGUUCGAGGUAUUAAGAGCUAACAUUGCAGGGCUUUUCAUGGACAUCUUUGCGAGUAUAUUUUCUCUUUCGUCAAAAACAGAGGGCAUUGAGGACAUAGCAAGACCAUAG